UUUGCUCUGUUCCCGAAGAGAAUUUCACAAAAUUAUCGUGUUUUUGUCAAGUUGAUUUUGUAAUUAACUGGAAAGUGUCUAAAUAAUUUGUUAAGUCGACGUCGGCUUAUACAUAUUGUUCGUUGCAAAACUAGAAUAUACUAGACAUUUUUACUCCGCUUGAUAAUUCGUACGACCUUCGUUACGAUUUUUAGAAUUUUACAAAAUUAUCACGUUUCGCCGAUUUGAUUUGCAAGUGACUGUGAACUGUCUGAAAAAUCUGUUGAAUUUCUUGCCGUUCGACAAUUUGUGUGGAACUCGUUUAACACACCGGACGAGAAUUUUCUGUAGUUAUCGAGUUUUAACGAUUCGUUUUGGAUCGAAUUCGAAAAAUGUGUUAAAUCGACGUCAGCGUCGACUUCCCCGGAGCGGAAGCACUGACAUUGUUGUUGACAGUGUGAGCGAGAUGUCUGCCACCUGACGCACCCUCACGUGGCAAACACCGCAGUGCACCCCAUACAAUAGCUCAUUGAAAUUGGACAAUAAAAAAGAUCGGUUUCGCCAUGGAGAAGAAACCUGAGGAGGUGCAGGAAUGGCGGAUCGCCAGAGAAGGGAUUUCCCUGUUUCUGAACAACAAAACAGAGGAGGCCAAGGCUCUGUUUAGCAAAUACCCUAAUAGCUUCCACGUUCGAGCCGGCCGCUGCUUCGUUUCAUUCAUGAAUGCAUUAAUGACAUUCGAGGAUGGUUAUCUCGACGCGGCCAUACAACUGCUGAAAAGCAUGGAAAGGGAGUGCGCGAUGGACAUAGGAUGGCUCAAGUCUGUGAAGAGUCAAGUCUUCAGAACGGAAGAAACAGGAACUGAUUACGUGAACAGACUGGAGCGACAGAUUGUCCUGGCGGACUCCAAGUUCUGCAGAGCGAUAUUAACAUUGUUGCAGCAAGAAUUGACCGGUUACGUCCGCGGUGGCUGGACGUUACGUAAAGCUUGGAAGGUCUAUCAGUAUGCACAUUCGCAGAUCUGGCAGCUAUAUCAACACACGUUUGGCAGAAAGCCCUCUGGCGUUCACACAAGAUGCAGCACACCUUCGUCCAUCGACUCCACGUACUCGUUGCACAGCCCUCGGAGUCAAGGAUCGUCGGAAUUGUCCAUAUCGUCCUGCAACGAUUCCGCGAACAAUCUAACACCGGUGUCGUCGCCGUCGAGCCUGCGAAGUUCUCUGUCGAUGCUUUUCUCGCUCACUGGCAUCAACUAUGAACAGCAGACACCGUUCGUGGCACCGUCUGAGGUGUCCCGAUUGAUGUCAGCAGUGAACUUCGGUUACGGUAUCUACCAAUUAUGCGUCAGCUUGCUGCCACCGUCUUUGGUGAAGGUGAGCCAUCUUCUUGGCUUCGAGGGUGACAGAGAGGCGAGCCUCGCUGCCUUGAAGAACGCUCGUCUCAGCGAGGACAUGCGAGCUCCGUUGGCGACUUUGUCCUUGCUCUGGUACCACACGAUCGUCCGUCCAUUCUUUGGUCUCGAUGGGAAUAAUCUCCGAGCAGGUGUCAGCGCCGCGAAACAAUUAAUCGCCGAGUGCCAUCCAGAAUUCAGCGACUCCGCGCUUUUCCUUUUCUUCGCAGGUCGAAUCGAAAGGCUCGAGUCGAACGUUGCCGGUGCCCUCGAGGCCUACAAGAAGGCGGUCGAAGUUUCGAAUCAAAGGGAAGUGAAGCUACUUUGUCUGCACGAGAUGGCCUGGUGCUACCUCAUUCGUUUCAACUAUGACAAAGCCUAUCCGUCGCUGUCGCAAUUAUGCUACGAGUCCAGGUGGUCGAAGAGCUUCUACGCUUACUUGGGAGCAGUUUGCUGUGGUGCUAUUGGCAAUUUGGACAACUUGGCGAUGAACUAUCAGAAAAUUCGUUACUUCGCCAAGCAGAGAAACCGUGAAACGCAGUUAGGAUUGUUCAUUCAGCGCCGCUCGUCUAAACUCGAGGACCAAGAAACUGGGCAACCCUACACGGUGUUGUAUUACAGAUUACUUGUCUACGAACUGCUAUACUUGUGGAACGCUAUGCCGUCCUGUACUUCGGAUUCGCUGCGUAGAGUACUUCUGGGAAGAACGUUGAGUGUCUGAUCUACGGUCCUACAAAAGAUCGAAUAAUCUGAUUAUGAGGACGAUCCGAUGAGCGGUCGAAGCACGCUUUGUUGCGCCAAUAAUGGAGGAACCUGUCCAGCUGUUUUAUUCAAUUCCUCUCGCACGACCGCUUGGUACUACAAAUUCAUCAAACCUGUUGUAUUCUGCGUGAUUACAUCGUUAUUAGCAAUGUCCGUGUCCCACGUCUGUGACAAAUAUUCCGCCAGCAGUACCUUCAAAGUAAUCAGAUCGGAUUUAGUGACCCUGAGAACUCAUUUGAAUACAUUAUCGAUGGAAGUGCAGAACGUGAUGGAGACGCGCGACGACUUGAGAAAUAAGUUGAACGAAGUCGGACACGUGAUCCCGAAAAUGGCCGAGGCCAUUAAGUAUCUGAGGAACGAGGUGUCCGAAGGAAUGAAGGCAAUGUCCCCCAAUAUGGUAAAAGACUUGGUGAGAACCGAAUUGCAGACGUACGACGCUGACAAAACCGGAAGAACGGACUACGCUCUCCAAAGUUCAGGAGGCGCCAUUCUCUCGAUAAGAAACACGGAAACGUACUCGGCUGGUGCUCCAGUGUUGAAACUCUUCGGGAUCCCGCUUUGUCAACAACAGAACACACCUCAGGCUAUCAUUCAGACUGGCGUUCUUCCGGGCGAGUGUUGGGCGUUUAAGGGCAGCACUGGUAGCGCUGUGAUACAGUUGCUCGGCUCUGUCAUUGUUUCCGGAGUCAGUCUGGAGCAUAUUCCGGAAUCCAUAUCGCCCACGGGAGAAACGAGCACCGCGCCGAAGAACUUUUCCCUUUGGGGGCUGGAUUGUGUGGACGACACACAUCCUUUCUUCUUCGGUGAAUUUAUGUACGACAAUAGUGGCCCACCUAUACAAUAUUUUGAGACCCAGAAGGAGCAGAAAAAGCCGUACGAAAUAGUCGAAUUAAAGGUUCACACGAACAGUGGCAACAGCGAAUACACCUGCAUCUACCGGAUACGGAUACACGGUACCCUAAGUCAGAAGAACAGAUAAUUCCAGCUGUUCGACGAUCAACGAAAACGAAAGCAGAAAUCUCAGCACGAUCUUUUCGAAGGACCGGUACCAUGAGUUCUCCAAAAUGGCGUCCACGUAGCAUAAUGUUUAUAAUAUAAUAUCGAUUUCGAUAGGAUUUUCGUGCGUAUUUUAUGUAUACUUUAUCGUGUAGUUAAUAAAGACAUGUACACCUGAUA